ACCAGGAGGAACCAGAACCUCCACAGAUCAAAGUAGAGGAUGAGGAGCUCUGCACCAAUCAGGAGGAAGAUCAGCUUCAUCUGAAGCAGGAGACUGAUCCGGUUCUGGUGACUGUUUUAUAUGAAAAAAGUGAACCAGAACCAGACAAGGAGCAGCUCGGUCAUCAUGGUAACCAAGCAGGCCAGUCAGCAACAUCUGAGAUGUUUUCUUGUCAAAUCUGUGGAGAAACCUUUUCAGAUACAUACAUACUUUCCAGUCAUGUGAAGGUCCACAAAGUCUGGAACCAGAACUCUGAGAAACUGAUGUAUUGUUGUCCCACCUGUGGGAAAAACAUCUCUGGUUAUAGUCACUUAGUCAGACACAUGAGGUUCCACACAGGGUUGAAGCCAUUUUCUUGUAAAAUGUGUGGAAAAGGUUUUUGCCAAAAGUACUAUUUGAACUGGCACAUGAGGGUCCACACAGGAGAGAAGCCGUUUAUUUGUAAAAUGUGUGGAAAACGUUUUAACCAAUUUUACCAUCUUAAUCGUCACAUGAAGAUCCACACAGGAGAGAAGUCACAUAUUUGUAAAACGUGUGGAAAAGGCUUUAACAGAAAGUCCCAUCUUAAUUGUCACAUGAUGUCUCACACAGGAGAGAAGCCAUUUGUUUGUAAAACUUGUGAGAACAGAUUCAAACAUCGGUCAGAUCUUAAUCGUCACAUGAAGAUCCACACAGGAUUCAGGCCAUUUGUUUGUAAAACUUGUGGAAAACGUUUUAGCAGAAAUACUCACCUUACCCGUCACAUGAACGUGCACACAGGCUGAGCUGAUGCUCUUCUCUCACAGGUGGAGGAAAGUUUCACCAAAUGAUCUAGAAGAGGUUUUACAGCCAGGAGAAGAAACGUUCAGAAUGUGGAGAAAAGUCUUAAACUGCCUGUAAUUCUUCAGAUACAGAAAGUUAAAGGAAACAUUGUUAUUUUUAAGAACUUUGACACAUUACAUAGGAUURWACACAUUUAGUCACAUAACUGUAGUCUGUCAUAACUUUCAGGGUUUGACAAAUGUAGUUCUGCCCGGGGCAGGUAAAAUGAAUAAUCGCACAGUUGGUGUGACUGGGCAGGUUAACCUUUUGUUUUGUUUUUAUAUGGCCGUAGGAAUCUUGUCCCCUAUUGUUAGAAAAAACUGUUUUGUUAUAAGAAGGGGAAUAAAUACUGUAAAAGUGAUGUAGUUGUUGUUUAUAUUAAUUAUUAAACUAGUAAUUGCACUUUU